AUGUACUCCCGCCCGGGAGAGGGAUUCCUCUUCUGUAUUUCGUGGCUCCGUCCGUCGCCCAACCCCGUACUGACUGGUAUCUCUUCACAGUCCAGCCCGGAACUUGCCCUCAAGGCGAGUGAUCCAAACUCAGCUGCUGACUUCUAUGGCCUCUUUGACGCCCUCGGCCCCCCUGCGACUCCGGCCGAGGAGCCCAAGAUCAAGACGUUGCGCCUUCGAAUCCUCGACUCCAAAGGGGUGCUUCUAAGGGACACCCAGAUCCUGUGGGCUCUUCGCUCCGUCGGUGUCAGUGGAGAUGUCGAUGCUGCAUAUGGACUCCUGCUUGCCAUGUCAGAUGCCUCGGAGGGCAUUGUCACGCAGUACGAUCCAAGAACGAAGCUCCUGGGUGCACAGAACCGACAGGGAGUGACGUGUUUUCUCGAUUCAACACUGUUUUCCAUGUUCUCUCGGCUGGACAGUUUUGAAGCCAUGCUCUAUAACUCCUUCGACGACGUAGCACGCAACAAGCUCGCAUUCCUUUUGCGCCUCUGGGUUAACCUCCUGCGCUCCGGAAAGUUAAUCACGACCGACAUUACAAAAGUAAUACAGGAUUCUUUGGCAGAAUGCGGGUGGCCGGAGGCUGGAGAGCUGCACCAGCAAGAUGCGUCGGAAGCCUUUUCCUUCAUCACGGGCAAACUCGAACUGCCCCUGAUGACCCUGAAGAUGGACAUUUACCAUACUGGUAAGGAAGACAGCAACGAUGACCACAAAUUCAUCAACGAAAGACUUCUCGAGGUGGCUAUCCCUCCGGACACAACGAGCGACAGAUCAGUAAUCACUCUUGAAGAAUGUCUCGAGGAAUAUUUCAACAACCGAAUCGAGGUCCGCAGGUACCUAGAGCGACGGUCAACAAUAAGUUCCAUGCGCAAAGGGAGUGCCGUCCACGUCGAGACUAUCGAGCUGGAUGGUGACCAAUCACCGAUUACUCCCCUCUCCCCUUCUCCGAGCUACGCAUCCCCCGUCAGACCAGGAGCAAACCGUGCUCGCGCGCCCAGUAUUAUCCAAGAGCGUUACAUACCACCACGAAAUGAAAGUGGAUAUUCAUCGCUGGCCCCUAUUGACACAAAGGACUCUGCACCCAUGUCGCGUGUCGGAAGUGUGCGGAAAGAGGUUAUGAUGCCCGCGUGGCAAUUCUUCAGCCUAAUUCCCUGGUAUACCGACAACGCACCUAUGAACGACGCCCAAGUUGCUGCUCACUUCUCAUCCAAACGGCCGGUCCUCGGGCUCUGCCUCAAGAGAUACUCUUUCACGGCCAACGGCAAAGCAAUUCGGCUUGAUACGAAGGUGGAUAUCCCAGUGGAGAUAGGGGUGCCUCAUUUCAUCCAGGAUGAUCGAAUGGAAGAGACCGGGGGCCUUCACGGCAACUUCAAGCUCUCCUUACAGUCUGUCGUCUGCCACCGAGGCAAUUCCGUCGAUUCCGGGCAUUAUAUUGCUCUUGUGCGAGGCACUGCUCCACCAUGGUCUUCCGACGGGCAGCUCCCAGAGACAGCCAAGACUUGGAUGAGAUUCGACGAUCUUGCUCCACAGCGCAUCACUGUUGUCGACAUCGAGAAAGCCCUCCGAGAAGAAACCCCCUACCUGCUCUUCUACCAGAUCCUUCCCAUUGAGGGAGACCCGGGGAGUAUCGCGGUAGGAGAGGAGCCGCUGGCCUCGGUGUCGGAACGCAAUGCAUCGGUCAGUGAAGUUUCGAGUGAGUCUGCUUUGACAGACAACCAAAUCCCGUCGGGCCGGCCCAGCUUUGAUAUCACUCACCUAGAAGAACUUAGAGGGCGGUCGCCGACAGAGACCAGGAGGACGAGUGUCAUUUCGUUCCAGGAACCGCCUUCGGACCACGCAAAUGGAGCGUCCCUGGCUGUGCCAAACAGCGGAGAUCCAUCUAGCACGCCGCGGCCUAAGUCGCUGUCCCGAACGCAGAGUAAAGCCAGUGAGAGUGGUAGUUUGAGUCGAACGCUGUCCAAGUUCAAAAGGAAAAGUCGAGAAAUCUUACCACUGGACAAUCAAAACGUGGCCGAGGUCCAUGUUAAGGAAGUCUCUGAGCGGAGCACGCCAGUUACGCAAGACGGCGAAACCCAAGGACUGCAUACAACGUUGCCGAAUGCACCAAAACAAAGUUCUCUUCAAAUCCAAAACCAGCCAUCUAGAACACAUAGAAGCGAAAAGAGCCGCAGUCGGAUUUCAAGAAGUAAGAUGCGAGGUGAGAAGCCGGAUAGAGAGUGUGUUGUUAUGUGA